AUGAAAAAAGACGACAGACACGAUUGGGUUAUCGAUUGGGUUAGUAGUGGUGAUGAAUAUCUUCCUGUGCUGUACAGCGGAGACAAAGUGAGUCUCGAUCUCAAUAAUCAACUUCUGCUGUCCUCCUCUUCCCAAUGGCAUCGGAGCACUCGGAUGCGGGUUUCGCCGGGUUUUGUGAUGCAAAAUAAUCAUUUAAUGGCCGUUCCCUCCAAAUCCUUCGCUGCUUCUUCAGCGUUCAACUCCUGUAUUACUGUCUUUAGUCAAACUCCUAACCAACAGCUUGUCUACACCGACUACCAGUGCUACUACUCUUCACUCUGUCCUACACUACCAGUGCUAACAACAACUGUUCUUAACAAA